AUGAAGAGCAAGAUCCCCACCAUCAGCACCAUCAAAGAGUCCAUCAGUAGUGGCAGGGCACGCCAUCACCACCGAGUGGAGCAUAGCAGUGCCAUUGAUGAACCGUUGCCCGUGGCGUCCGUUCUGGAUGGAACUUGGAGAUCUCGACGCAAGCUGCAUCGCACUCCACGGCGACUGGCGACGCUGCGACCAGAACUACCGACGGAUACCUCCGAGGUGGAUGCGUCUGGCACCACCAUGUGUAUUGCAGGGGAUGAGUACAUUGUGGUGGCCAAUACGGUAUCCACUCCCGUGCUCAUUUAUCGAUUGACACAUUCGGCUGCUGCUGCCACGGUAGUGACUCCCUGGAAUUCUGUUUCGUUGAUUGGAGGGGAUGAUGACAACGCCACACCGUCGUCUUCGGCGAUUGUCAGUCUGAUGGCUCUGCCCUUUGGAAAGAGUUUGAUUUAUGGAGAACCUUGUCGCAAAGACGAGGGACACAUUGUCGCAUUCUCAGAUGAUGGACAGGGAUUCAUUCUACGGAUACGAAGAGACGAUGGUGCCACCAAAAUUUGUUCCUUUCCUACACAAAACUUUGGGGUGACAUGCGCCGCUGUGGUGCCAGUCGCGGCGACAGGAGGCGACCAUCAUCUCUUGGUGGGAUAUCAAACGGGAUAUAUUGAGAGUUGGAAAAUCUUUCGUUUCAGCCCCAAAAAGAUACUGGCCAAACUUCUCUGGAGAGGAAUCUAUCCUCAUUCGUACAGUAUUCAAAACAUGGCACCCUUAACGGUGGAAUCACACAACAACAACACUCAAAGUCAUCGCUAUCUCUUGGUGACAGUGCAGUCACCCUCCGUGAUACUCAAAACAAGUGCUAUGGUCGAAGUCAUGGACAUUCAAUCCUUGCCAGAGGACUGGAAACAGCGACGGGGAGAACAGCAAGGGCAUUAUUUGAGAGCCGUCAAACUGGAUAGUCGCUGUUGGGUCAUGCCGGGAGCCCGAAUGGAAUUGUUGAAUACAUCCACCCUCGGUAGUCACCACACAGCAGCAGAAGACGAUGAAAAUCUCCCGAGACGAGCCCAUGUGAUCCCCAGCGCUUCCACUGGAUCCAUAUGUGAUCUACCGCAAGCCAGCUGUGUGGCACUCGCGGAUGGAACCAUUGCCAUGCUCACUGCCACGGAAGAUACCAAGGAGGACGAACUUCGAUGGGGUGUUGCUAAUGAUUACAAUCAGCUACUGCUUCCUUAUCCUGCCAUUGGUUGCGCUGCUGUGAAUUGGGAUGCCUCGCAGCAUCCGCCAAACUAUUCCCCUCAUGUGGCUUGCUGCCUUCGUGGUGGUUCAACCUAUCUCAUGCCCUUUGUGAAUCCAGAGGAUGCCAACAGUGAAAUCCCUGUUACAGUAUUCUUGCUCGAUGUGGAAACGCAUUCCCGCUACAUUCAUGGCUUUACGGCAGGCAAUUUGAUUCUAUCCCCGCCUCCAACAAUCGCCAGUGAAGACCAAGAACAUAACAAUUCUCUAACAAGUAAAGACGGGUUUUCCGUCACGACUCCAGUGCUUGUCUAUGGUUGGGCGGGAGGUAUCGUUGACGUCUUUAGCUGCGAACUGAACGCUGGCGCUGUACCCGGUCGUCGACCCAUGAUUACGCAUCGAGAAGAAUCCGCACUGGAAGACCUCAUAUCGAAUGGAUCCUACAAUCUGCUGGCAGACCUCAUGAUGCUACUCCUUCAGGACGAGAACAGCACGGACAGCAACUUGCUGCAGCAGCCAAUAUGGAAAAAUGCCUCGUUGGAGUUUCAAAAACACAAGGGCGAGGCGACAGUUGCGGACCUUUUGACGCCCGAGUAUGCAGCUACUCGACAAUUGCUACUACACUUGUCUACCAAUCUGCAAGAGGCUUCGAGCUAG